AUGGCUGGUCCUCAAGAAUACUCCUACGGCAAUCAGCCGCAGCAACAGUACCCUCCUCAGCAACCGUAUCCUAAUCAACAGCAGUAUCCUCCUCAAUACAAUGCGCCGCCUCAAUAUGGGUACUACCCACAGUAUCAAGCUCAACCAGCUCCUUACCGCCGGACUCCGCGCCAGAACUUCGCUGUCGUGACUGCGCGGCAGCUGAAUAUCGCUACUCCUGUUGUCAUUAUUAUCUUGAGUAUCUGGUGGUCUCUUCGAUCGCAGAUCUGUCCGAGCGAUGUCCCCAUCGGUCAUGAAUGUUCGUGGAUGCUCUGGACGGCUUUGCCUGUUGUACGUGUCGCUCCCAUCCUACGUGAAGCAUGA